AUGGGCUGCGGAAUGAGCACAGAGGAGAAGGAGGGCAAAGCCCGUAAUGAGGAGAUCGAGAACCAGCUGAAGCGAGACAAGAUGAUGCAGCGCAACGAGAUAAAAAUGCUUCUUCUCGGAGCUGGUGAAUCCGGAAAGUCCACCAUCCUCAAGCAAAUGAAACUCAUCCAUGAGGGAGGCUAUUCACGCGACGAGCGAGAGUCAUUCAAAGAAAUCAUCUUCAGCAACACUGUCCAGUCAAUGCGCGUCAUUCUCGAGGCCAUGGAAUCUCUCGAGCUUCCUCUCGAGGAUCAGCGCAUGGAGUAUCAUGUUCAGACCAUUUUCAUGCAACCAGCCCAGAUUGAAGGCGAGGUCCUUCCUCCUGAAGUUGGCGGCGCCAUAGAGGCUCUCUGGAAAGAUCGCGGGGUACAAGAGUGCUUCAAGCGAUCUCGAGAGUAUCAGUUGAACGACUCUGCCAGAUAUUACUUUGACAACAUCACCCGCAUUGCCGCCCCGGAUUACAUGCCCAAUGACCAGGAUGUCCUCCGAUCGCGUGUCAAAACAACCAGCAUCACCGAAACCACAUUCAUCAUUGGUGACCUUACCUACCGCAUGUUCGAUGUCGGUGGUCAGCGUUCGGAAAGGAAGAAGUGGAUUCAUUGUUUUGAGAAUGUCACAACCAUUCUGUUCCUGGUGGCCAUUUCGGAAUAUGACCAGCUCUUGUUUGAAGACGAAACGGUCAACCGUAUGCAGGAAGCGCUGACGCUCUUUGAUUCCAUCUGCAACUCUCGAUGGUUUAUCAAGACAUCCAUCAUCUUGUUCCUCAACAAGAUUGAUCGAUUCAAGGAGAAGCUCCCCGUGAGCCCCAUGAAGAAUUAUUUCCCCGACUACGAGGGUGGUGACGACUACGCUGCCGCAUGCGAUUAUAUUCUCAAUCGGUUCGUCAGCCUGAACCAACACGAGACCAAGCAGAUCUACACCCACUUUACCUGCGCCACUGAUACCACUCAAAUUCGCUUCGUCAUGGCGGCAGUCAAUGACAUUAUCAUCCAGGAGAAUCUUCGACUGUGUGGCCUGAUCUAA